ACUCACAAAGCAAUCUUGCAUAAAAGAAAUAGAACUGAUCCAUUUUGACACCAACUCUACUUUGUCUGCCUAGAUUUGUACCUUAAUUUAGAGGUACGGCACUUCCUGUUUGAAUCAUUUUCUUUCUCAAUUACAUCUCUCUCCAUUGCAAAACAAACAAAAACACAGUUUGUGUUUUUCUUGUAAAUAGUGUGUUUUAAUUUAGGGUUAAUACCCUAGUUUGGCCCAAAGUUUAGCGUAAGUGUCAGUUUUGGCCCGAUUUUUCGAAUAAGACAGUUAUGGCCUACUUUUCAAAUUAUUGAACAAAUUUGGCCCAAAAUGUAAGUUGACCGUUAGUCUUGACGGUCAAACAUUUAAUCCGUCAGUGACUCAACAUUCGUUGCUGAGGUGGCAUCGACAUGGCUUCCACAUCAUAUCCACAUAAUUUAUUUAUGCUAAGAAUUCUAAAAAUGAAAAUAAAAUAAAAAUAGAACUUAAGAAACAAAGAGGAAAUUUUCCUCUGGAACCCUAGCCACCGAUUCUUAAUCCCUCUCCUCCGUGACUCCUUAGUCCUUCCUCUCUCCACUACUUCCCGUCGACGACUCCCUCGUUGCCGCUCCUGGCGACACCGCCUUCAUCCCAAUCACCUUCUCUUACCUCAUCGUCCCUCAGCGACUUGCCCUCGCCGAUCUCCGCCAGUUCAAACCUCUCUCUCUUUCAUCAGAAAAAGCAGAAGCGAGCUCUGCCUUUCCGAGCCCGACAGGCUAUUCCGCCGAUUUGAACACUUUCAGAAAGCCAGAAGAUCUACCAAACCCUCCGCCGCUGCUGCAACCUAAUCGCCCUUAAACUCUCUCCAAUGAGUCUGUCGUCUCUCUUAUUUCAACCCCAUCGCCUUUCAACUUUCUCAUUCGCUGAUUUUUGCUUCCUCUAAACCAGAUCUGAGUUGAAAUAGGGCGGUAGUUCUAUUUGGGUUCCUUGACUCGGCGAUUGGAUCUCCAGGUCAUGAUGGCGGCGAUGUCAUGUUUUCUUAGGGCUCGAUUAUAGACUAGAGAGAGGGAGGAGGUGGGUGGCGAAGGGCACCAUCUGUCACGGCGGAGGCGAGUGGGUUUUGGCAAUUUUGGAUUUGCCCGAAGAGGAGAGUGGAAAAACCAAAAAAGUCUUUGAAAAAAAAAAAUAAUUAACUAGUUCUAAUUUUUAUAAUUUAAUAAAUGAUGACGUGUACGAUCCUAGUCAGCACCGGAUGCUGAGUCACUAACGGAAAAAUCAUGGACAAUCAAUUUUGACGGUAAAUUCAAAACCCGGGCCAAAUUUGUCCAAGAAUUUGAAAAGUAGGCCACAACUGUCUUAUUCAAAAAAUCGGGCCAAAACUGACACUUACGCCAAAUUUCGGGCUAAACUAGGGUAUUAACCCUUUAAUUUAUGACUUCUACAAUAAUAAAAAGUUUUUUAGCCGUUACUGCAUUGUCUUCUAAAUCAUUUAGAAAGAGAAAAGAGAAAACAAAAUUCCCCUUUCACAUUCGGACCAAAAAACCCCUCUCCAGUAUCCUCUGCUUUCACUCUCUCUACCUUUUCCUCCCACUCUGUUUCUCUCCAUUUUCUCAGUUCAUCUAACCAAUCUCACCUGGACUCAAUCUUUUCCCUCCCUCCGCUCCCACAGGGUUUUCAUUUUCAUCCGUUUGAACAAUUGAUUGUCGUUUUCCUCCUCCCCCAUUCUUUUGUAUUUCAAUUUAUUUAGUAGCUGCCAAGUUUCUCUAGCUUGGUUCCUUUUCAAACUCAAAAGCGAGCUAUCGGUUUGCCGUCUUCUCCCCACCCCUAAUCAGCCUUUUCAAUUCAUAUUUUCUGGGGAGGGUUUUUUGUUUUGCUUCUCUGGGUUCCUCAAAUCGCUGAAAACCCAUCUCGCAGAGUCACAGGAUUGCUUCCUCUGGGACUCAUCGCCGCCAUUAACGCCUAGUCAUUUGGCUUCCAAAAAAUACAGAGCAUAGAGUAAAAGCCAGGAAGAUAUCUCUCAUCUCUCUGUUCUUUCUCCUUAAAUUUAUAUCUGUUUCAGUUUCGGUUUCUGCAAAUUGCUUUGUUUCUUCUCUCAUAACCGCUCUCUCUUUCAAUUUGAACUUCAACAAAAGGAAAGCACUGGUACACACGCGCGCACACAUACACACACUCUCUCUUCUUUAAUUGAAAAGCCUUGUUGCUUUCAUUUCCUAAGCUCUCUCUCGAAUCUCCAGAAACCUAGAAAGGGGGGUUUUCCUUUCACUUUUCCGAUUUGCGAUUGAGUUAAGAGUGAAUCAAUUCCUUGUUGUAAAGUAGGCUUUUUUUCUCCUUUACCCCUUUUGUGGGAGUUCGUCCAUUUACUUGAAGGGAAUCUAGUUCUCCCCUUCCUCCCCCUCCUGUGUCUCUUUCCACCACGAUCUCCAUUACACCUUCAAGUGGUCGUUAAUCGCUUAUAUCUCGCUGUUUUCACGGUACCCACACAAAAAAACUGCUCCCCUUCUCUCUGUUCAAAAGAGAGAAAAAGGAAAGUUCGAACCUUUCUUCACUUUCAAUCUAAUAGCCCCUGCCCUCUGUUUCUUCUCGCAUAAGCUUCAGCUGAAACCAUGGGGAGCAGAUUAUGGUUUCUGCUUCUGGGGGUGUUGCUCCGAUGGUGUUCUUCUUGUUCCGUUGCGAAUGGUUUAGGGGUAAAUUGGGGGACCAUGGCUACCCACAUGCUACCGCCCAAGACAGUUGUGCAGAUGUUGAAGGACAAUGGGUUCCAGAAAGUGAAGCUAUUCGAUGCUGAUUCCACCACCAUGAAUGCUCUUGCUGGGAGCAACAUCGAGGUUAUGGUGGCUAUCCCUAACGAUCAGCUUCAGGCUAUGACUGACUAUGGCAAUGCUCAAGAAUGGGUUAAGAGAAACAUUUCUCGGUUCAACUUCAAUGGUGGUGUUAAUAUCAAGUAUGUGGCAGUAGGGAACGAGCCAUUCCUGAAGACAUACAACAACUCGUUCAUAAACGUCACAUUCCCAGCACUCCAGAACAUCCAAAACGCCCUCAACGAAGCUGACGUCGGAGACACCAUUAAGGCCACCGUUCCCCUAAACGCCGACGUAUACAUGUCUCCGGACGACCAGCCAUACCCAUCCGCUGGAAGGUUCCGGCCCGACAUCAACGACCUAAUGACUGAAAUCGUCCAGUUCAUGAACAAGAAUAAGGCACCUUUCACGGUGAACAUCUACCCCUUCCUUAGUCUCUACGGCAACGACAACUUCCCUUUUGAUUACGCCUUCUUCGACGGGGCAGCUCAGCCGGUCGUCGACAAGGGCACCGGGAUUCAGUACACCAACGUGUUCGACGCUAACUUCGACACUUUGGUGUCUGCCCUCAAGGCCGCGGGACUCGGUGACAUGACGAUCAUGGUUGGGGAAGUGGGAUGGCCGACGGAUGGUGAUAAGAAUGGCAAUGUCGGCAAUGCUUACCGGUUCUACAACGGUCUAAUGCCCAGGCUCGCGGCGAACAGAGGUACACCACUUCGACCUGGCUACAUUGAGGUCUACCUCUUCGGCCUUCUCGACGAGGAUGCCAAGAGCAUUGCUCCUGGCAGCUUCGAGCGGCACUGGGGGAUCUUUAGGUACGACGGGCAGCCCAAAUUCGCUCUGGACAUCUCAGGGCAAGGCCAGAACAAGUUUCUCGUGGGUGCAAGAGGGGUGGAUUACUUGCCCCAGAAGUGGUGUGCGUUCAAUCCGAAUGCUAAGGAUCUGAGCAAGCUGGCCGACAAUAUCAACUACGCGUGUACGUUCUCUGAUUGCACGACGCUCGGGUAUGGGUCGUCGUGCAACGGGCUUGAUGCGAAUGGGAACGCGUCGUAUGCAUUCAACAUGUACUACCAGGUUCAGAAUCAGGAUGAUUUGGCGUGUAAUUUCGAAGGGCUGGCUAGUGUUACGACACAGAAUAUAUCUCAGGGGAACUGCAAUUUCAUGAUCCAGAUUGCUACUUCUUCGGCUGGAAUUCGUGGGCCUUCUGUUGUUGUAGUUGUUCUUGUGGCGGGGCUUGUUACAUUGUUGUUGGUGUCCAUUGUUUCGGUAUAGAUGAGAUGAAGAGGAAGGAGAAGUGGGGGGGUUAGUUUUGGUUUGCCAGCUUGUAGAUACCAUUUUGAGAUGCGUAACAUUUCCCCCUAUACUAUAUACCAUCAUUUUGUUAGGUUUUAUUUUAACCUUGUGGUGGUUCUUUUUUAGGAGGAUGUUUAUGGAUUACAGGAUGCUUCUUGUUGUUUUGAAAUAAUAUGCUUUCACACCAUUUGUUUUGUUCUCGUGACGGAGGAGCAACGAUUUGGUCCACAUAUCGAAUCAAUAUAGUUUCAUGAAUUAU